ACAUGCAAAUCUUUGUUAAAACACUUACCGGAAAAACCAUCACUUUAGAUGUCGAGUCAUCUGACACUAUUGAUAAAAACAACAACAACAAUAGUUCUUUAAUUUAUACGGCAGCCUAUUUAAGUUUACAAAAUCACAUUAAUAAUGAUGAUGACGAAAUCCAAAAAAAAUUCGAAACUUACAUAGAUGAUGAUUAUUACAACAUCACGACAUCGACGAAUCCAAAAAAAUUCGAAACUUACGUAGAUGAUGAUUAUUACAACACCACAUGA